AACAUGGCGCGUCGACGCUUCCCAAAAUUCUUCGUCUUCUUCGCCCUAUUGAUCUGGACCGUCAAAAUCCUCCACUCCAAGAAGGACAAGCUCACGCCCCUGGACCAACGCGUGCAGGAGGUCGUCCUCGAGGGCAAGAAGGCGUGGGAAUUCGAGGAUUACUUGGGCGAGGAGGACGCGGAGGAGGCGAGUGACUAUGGCAGAGGUCGGGACGAAGAUCGAUCUCCCGAAGCUUCAUACAGAGACGUUAAGCUAAACGAGAACGGGACAGCGCGAGUUCUUUGGCCAGACGACGAGGAGGGGAACUGUUCGAGGAUGGACGUGAGAUUCGCCGUCGGGAUGACGAGCAGCAUCCUUCACUCCUUCCCUCGGUCUGGCAACACGUGGGUCCGCUAUCUCCUCGAGGCCGCGUCCGGAGUCUUCACCAGCUCCGUCUACAGCGACAGGACCCUCGUUGCAGCAGGAUACUUGGGCGAGCGACACAAGCUUGGCUGGGGAACAACGCUGGCCACGAAAUCCCACUUUAUCAAACACUUACAGAAGUACAAGAACAUACCCACCGUUACUAUUAUUCGAAAUCCCGCGAGGGUGUUCGUGUCCCUGUGGAGUUACGUGAACCUGAAAGACCGACGGCGAAGGCACGUGGAAAGUGUGGCCGAGUCGAGCCUCCGGACGCAAGAAUUCCACGACUUCAUCCAAUCGAAACUCCGGAAAUGGCUGGACACAACGCUUUUUUCAUUAACCCAGUGCAGAGACGUCCUUCCCGUUUUCUAUGAGUCCGUGCGCGAGGAUCCUAUAGGGGAGACUCGCCGAAUUCUCGAGUUCCUGAAGGUGAAGCCCCAGGAGGAUAGACUCUCUUGCAUGGCGCGUCACGUCAGCGGGAACGUGAAGGGGGCGCAGAAGAGCCUCGAUCCUUACACGGAGGAGGAGAAGGAGCUCUUCCUGCAGGCGCUGAAGAAGGUGAACGAGACUUUGGUACAGAGGGGCUUCCCAACUCUACCGGAUUACUCGAAAUACAAUAGCUAGGAUAAUAUAUAUAUAUAUUUUUUUAGAAAUAAAUUCACAACACCAAAUGAAGAGCCAUUUAUAUACUUAUUUGUCAAUGUGUAUUGCACGAGGGCUUCUGUGAGUGCGCGCGUGUGUGUGUGUGUGCGUUUGCGUGUGCGUCUGCGAGUGCGUGUGUGUGUGUGUGCGUGUGCGUUUCCGUGUGCAUGUGUGUGUGUGUGUGUGUGUGUGUGUAUGUGUGUUAUUGGCUCUGUAGUAACAACCCUAAUCUCUAUCGUUAUGUUUCUGUUCCUCUAGUUACAUUAAUAUUCUGUUCCUAUUUUGUUUUCUUUUAUUCUUUACUCGUAACCUUUAGAUAGUAUUCCAAGUUGACGUCAAAUAUAAAUGGUAUGAGA